UGUAAUCAUUUAUUCAACAGGAGACAGUUUUGACAGCACAACUCGAAAUAAAUCACGGUCGUGUUAGUGUCGAACACAGCGACAGUAAGUACUCAUUCAUCAACUGCCGAAACUCCUAAGAACUUAAUAAUUUUAUAAACAUAAAUCCUAUGGCGUUGACCAAUACAUUGUUGUUAGCGCUUUGUGCCAAUUGGCCACCGCCGAAUAAUACAGAAACUACUUUAGCGCCACCGUGGAAAUGGAUAUCUGAGCAUAAAGCGAAAUACAUUAAUAGUAGAGAAUAUCAGUGUGAUCUGAAAAACAACUUUCAGAUUCAAUACGAAAUUCUGCGGGGUAAACGGUUGAAAAUUGCUACAUUUCCAAAUUCGAAACCUCUGAGUUGGGUUACAAAAGAAAUUAACGGUACACUUAUUGGUCACGGAAUUGCAUUUGAAAUUGUGGAAACGCUUCGUCAACGGUAUGGAUUCACUUACGACGUAGUGAUACCAACAAGAGAAACCUUGUUAAAUGAAAAUGGCAGUAUCAUAUAUAUGCUAGUGAAUGGGGAAGUAGAUAUGGCAGCUGCUUUUAUACCGGUUUUGCCGGGACUGGAUGACAUUGUCAAGUGGGGUAUAGAGUUGACUCAAUUCCAAUACGUCGUGCUUAUGAAAAGGCCUAAAGAAAGUGCAACUGGAUCCGGUUUAUUAGCGCCUUUUGAAAUUGAGGUGUGGUUAUUAAUUUUGAUGUCACUGAUAGCAGUGGGUCCAAUUAUUUAUGGUAUUAUGAUGUUAAGACAUAAACUCUGUGGUCACGAUUCAGGGGUAUAUUCAAUACCCACAUGCAUUUGGUUCGUAUAUGGUGCGUUAAUGAAACAAGGAUCAUCUUUGAACCCAGAUACUGAUUCUGCUAGACUCAUAUUCGCCACAUGGUGGAUAUUCAUAAUGAUAUUGACCUCGUUCUAUACGGCAAAUUUGACUGCGUUUUUAACACUGUCCAAAUUUACGUUACCCAUAAAAAGAAUAGAAGAUAUCGCGAGUAAUGAGUACCGAUGGAUUUCUUCAGAGGGUAGCGCCGUCGAGUACAUCGUCAAGGUGGACAAUGAUCUGAAGCCACUGAGGCAAUCAAUGUUCGAGGGAAAUGGUCAAUUUAUGGUUAUAAAUAUCGACGAAAUUAAUACUAUUUUAAAUUAUAUUUCAUCAGGAACGUUGCUUCUACACGAUAAGAAUUGGCUAAAUUUUUUAAUGUUGCACAUCGAAAGGUCAAUAACAGAUGAUAAGGAGCGGUGUCGUUAUGUGUUGACUACAGAUCCAUAUUUGACAAGAUCAAUGUCAUUUGUCUACCCUAAACACAGUAUUUUGCCACCUCUAUUCAAUCCUAUAAUGCUGUCGUACAUGGAGUCGGGUAUCGUGAGGCAUCUGCAGACCAAAGACCUUCCGGAGGCGGUAAUUUGCCCACUUAACCUGGGCAGCAAGGAGCGGCAACUCCGCAACUCAGACCUGUACACCACGUACGCGGUGGUGGUGUGCGGAUUCUCCAUGGCCGCGGCCGUGUUCACACUCGAGCUCUUGUCCAGACGUACCGGCUGGUUCGCGUCAGCCGAUCUCGCCCGUAGAUCGCACGACUCGCACGGCGGCAUGGUCCGGUGUGAGAUCGCAGUCUUCGGCAAACCAUCCAAGACCAUAUACCCGUUCAGCCACCGGGAUAAUGUCAUGAACGCCGCUUCCGCUACACACUUCGUCUUUCAAAAAUCGUCGUCAUCAUCGUCGUCGAGCCCAUUUGUCGUCAACACUCGCGGCAUGGGCACAACAAUCGCAUCAGAUUCGUCAUCUCCGUCGCCGUUUUUGUGGUUGAAAGGCAAAUCGUCGCUGCGGCGAUUUCAAUACUAAUCCAUUAUAUAAGCUACAGUUAAUAUAUAUUAUUUAUACACCUAGAGAGAGAUUACU